UGGGGGACACACCUCGUUGCAAGGGCGUUUACACGCCUGGAAACGAGCGGUGGGAAGUUGAAAAAAAGAACCGAUUCAGUUAAAAAGAAUGUUAUGCCCGUGGUUACGUCAAGCCCCAAAAAACUAGAAAUCAUAUGUACAUGGAACGUUCCUUCCAGCUAAAGAAACAACCUCGCCGUGACGCCGUACCUGCGGUUUUAGGGUAGAUAAAGGAUCGAUGAUGGUUAUGAAUUCGAUACGAGCAAUUGGUCUUUCCUACCGAUUACAAUAAUUGAUCAGAAAUGGCUAGUUAGGUUAAAGUCACAACUUAGAUAAAUACAGAACGGUUGGUGAAGUUAUGUGUUAAUAUAUUACGUAAAGUAAAACCGUGGGGAGCCACUCUCCUCCGCAGAGGCUUUUUGGGUAAUCUAACAAUAAUUGAGAAUUAUAUAAUACAAUUGAGAAUUAUAUGAUAUAAUUCGUAGUAGCGGGCGGACGGGAGGGAGCUAAUAAUAGUAGCGGUGAGUGGCGGGCGGACGGGAGGGAGUCGGGCGGUUGCGGGUUGAAAAAUGAAAUUUGAGAAGCCUCUGCCAUAUAAUGUUUCCAAUAUGGCGUCAAAUUACAUAUCAUAUUAUAAUUACGUAUCAUCUCAUGAAUAUUUUUCAAAAUAAAUAUGGAUGAGACUAUAAAUCAAACAAAGAAUGUUUUGUCGUUGACUACCAGACCAUUUCAAGAAGCGAAUGUUUCCGGUAAAGUAAUCUGUUCUAAAUGUUAUGAAAAUACGAAAGAAAUAAAAUUUUAUUUAGAAGAUGCAGGUUUAAUUCAACAUUUUCGGGUGAAACAUCGACAUAUGGCCCUUGACGAAAGACUUGUUAAAGAAUGUAGGUUGCUAUUUCAAGACUUGCAUGGGCAGGAAACUUUCAGUGUAUUGCAAAAACUAGCCAAGAUUCGCGGCGAAGCAAAUGUGAACUGUUGCAGUUUGCAAAAGUACGAGGAGUUUUCGGUGGAACACAUUACUGAAAAUUUGGCUAACAAGAUGACUACUCUUAAAGUUAUGGCAAGCACGAGACGGGAGGCAGCAAAAUUAUAUGGCUUAUAUUUGAAACACAGUGGCAUUCUAAAACAUCUUAGCGGGAAUCCUUGUCAUGUUCGAGUUAAAAUAUCUUCUAGUGUAACUGAUCACCUUGGCCAAUGUUUUAAACUUUGGGAUGCAUGUGCAAAAAUUUAUGCUGAAUGUUUUGUUUCCCCUAAGAGGUCUAUGUUAUUGCCAAGACAUCAAACACCUGUGCCAGACAAGUGCUUGCAAAUGCAAAUUUCUCGAGAAUGUAAGACACCUUUGCAGUUUCUCCAAACAGUUUUUGGACAUCAAGAAUUCAGACCAGGCCAAGAUUACCCAAAAAGCCUCUGCGGAGGAGAGUGGUGGGGAGCCACCUUGAACAAACACGGCAAGUGGUUUCCUGAUAAAACACAAAUAAAUGAUUCAACACUUUCACACGAUGAUGUCACAGUGGAAAAGGCCAUUCUGCGCAGUGAAACUGCAAACAUCAGUGACAAUUCGUUUCCGACGUGUUGUUUACUUCAUCACGAGUGGUAUAGGUGGAUGUCAACAUGA